CUGGAGCCCGCCGUCCCGGAGGCUCAGACCGUCGCUGACCGCCGCCCCCGCAGCCGCGCCUCUGCUGUGCCUCCGCCGCCGAUCCAGACAGACUCUGCACUCUCUCGCCUCUACACACAGCCGCGCAGCCACCAGCCGUCGGGACGGCAGUUUGCCGGGCGUGUAGCAGCUCCUCCGAGAUGGCGGACAUCAGGUUCGAGCUGCUGCCGGACCCCGGGGACCGCUACCAGCUGGGGGACCGCAUCGGCCGCGGCGUUUACAGCGAGGUCUUCGAGGCCGUCGACACGCAGGCCGGUGGUAAGCGCGUCGCCGUGAAGAUCCAGCCUGUGUCGGAGGACAUCCUCCAGGACAUUCGGGAGGAGUUCCGCGUACUGCGGGACCUAUCGACCCACCCCAACCUGCCAGAUUUCUACGGCGUCUACAUGAAGAGGGCCACCAACAGGGUGGAUCCCGACAAGCUCUGGUUCGUCAUGGAGCUGUGCGAUGGCGGUCCAGUUACGGACUUGGUACAGGGACUGCACAAGCAGAACAGGAAGAUGAACGAAGACCACAUUGCGUAUAUACUCAAAGAGAGCGUCAAGGCAUUGUCGCAUCUCCAUGAACACAACGUGAUGCACCGCGACGUCAAAGGCAGCAACAUCCUCCUCACUAAGGAGGGUGAAGUCAAGCUCGUCGACUUCGGGCUGGCAAAGGAGCUGGAGUCUCCGACGGGCCGCAGGAGCUCCUGCCUGGGCUCGCCGUGCUGGAUGGCGCCGGAGCUGAUCAGCAGCUUCUCGGGGGUCGCCGCGUCGGAGGCCGGCGAGGAGGGCGGCUACGACAACCGGGUCGACGUCUGGGCCAUCGGCAUCACGGCCAUCGAGUUGGGCGACGGAAAGCCGCCCUUCCAGGACAUGCACCCCACGCGCACGCUCUUCCAGAUCUUGCGCAACCCCCCGCCGAUGCUCUACAGGCCUGCCAACUGGUCCAAGCUCUACAACGACUUCAUCACCGAGUGCUUGGAGAAGAAUCCUGAAAAUCGUCCGUACAUGGUGGAGAUUCUGGAGCACCCUUUUCUGACGGCGCUCCCAGAAAAUGAUUUCCAUCUGUCGCAGGAGCUGAAGAAGAUGCUGUCCGAGCUGCACCUGACGGAGGGCCGCCGCGGGGAACCGGAGCGCCGGCGCGAGGUUGCGGUGCGCGGCAGCGCGCUCGUGGCGGAGGGUGCUACCGACCCGGAGCCGAUGCGCGUCGAGGACCUGGCGGCGCUCGAGCCCGUGCACGAGGACGCCGUGCUGGCCGAGCUGCACGAGCGCAUGCGCAGGGGCCACUGCUACACCUUCGUGGGCGACGUGCUGCUGCUCCUCAACCCCAACGAGCAGCAGAACAUCUACGGCCCGGAGGUGCACACCAAGUACCAGUUUAAGUCGCGGUCGGACAACGCGCCGCACAUCUUCGCGGUGGCUGACCGCGCCUACCAGGACGCGAUGCACCACGAGGAGCCACAGACCAUCCUGCUGGCGGGGGAGACCGCCUCCGGCAAGACCACCUCGCUGUCGCAUCUGGUCCACCACCUCGCCUUCCUGGGAAAGAGUGGGAAUGGACAAGGAGAACGCGUACAGAAGGCCCUCUCCGUACUGCGAGCUUUCGGCAACGCCGCCACACCGCUCAACGGCAACUCGACGCGUCACGUCUUCCAGGUGCAGCUCACCUUUGGCUUGACGGGAAAACUGUCGGGCGCCAUCUUCUGGAUCUACCAGCUCGAGAAGUGGAGGGUCUCCACCAAGUACAGGCAGCAGGCCAACUUCCACGUGUUCUACUACUGGUACGACGGCUCGGCGGCCGAGGGCAAGCUGAAGCAGCACGGGCUGAAUGACGGCCGGCAGUACCGCUACCUGCGCGCCGCCCCCGCGUCGGAGGCGGACCCCGCGACGCCGGUGGCGCCGCCGCAGCUGGCGGGCCCGCGCGAGGACGCCUCGGCCAACGUGCGCCGCUUCAAGGAGCUGCGCGCCGCGCUGCGAGAUCUGGGCGUCGACGCGGAGCAGGAGGCGACGCUGUGGCGCACGCUGGCCGCCAUCCUGCAGCUGGGCGAGGUGCGCUUCCAGGACGACGGGCACGGCCAGGCCGACCUGCGCGACCACGACCUCGCCGCGAAUGUGGCGAAGUUGCUGGGCGUGGACGAGAAGAAGUUCGCCUGGGCGCUGACCAACUACUGCGUGAUCCAGCAGGGCACGGCCGUGCGCCGCCGCCACACCGUAGACGAGGCCGAAGAGGCGCGCGACGUGCUCGCCAGGGGUAUCUACUCCCGGCUCGUCGACUGGCUCGUCAACCUCAUCAACUUCAAGAUGUCCUUCUCCAGGGCCGUCUUCGGCGACCAUUACUGCGUCAACAUCCUCGACAUGUUUGGCUUCGAGUGCUUCAAGACAAACAGCUUGGAGCAGCUAUUCGUCAACACACUCAACGAGCAGAUGCAGUACCAUUACAACCAGAGGGUCUUCGCGUGGGAAAUGCAAGAGGCAGCCGAUGAAGACAUCCAGCUGGCGUCGCUGCAAUUCUACGACAACAAGCCGACAGUCGACGCUCUGAUGGCUAAGCCCUCUGGACUGCUUUACAUACUGGACGAUGCUAGCAGAAACCCUCAAGGCUCCGACUUCAUCGCAGAAACCCUACGAGGCUCGUCGAAGGGCCCGCACCUGCGCGCCACCGGGCCGUUCGAGUUCAGCGUGGCGCACUACACGGGCAAGGUGACGUACAACGCGACGGACAUGGCCGAGAAGAACCGAGACUUCCUGCCGCCCGAGAUGAUCGAGACGCUGCGGCAGUCGACCGACCCGGUCAUCCGGCAGCUGUUCACCAACCAGCUGUCGCGGCCCGGGAACCUCACCUUCACCCCGGAGGAGCAGGAGGCGGCCACCACGCCCUCCACCGACAAGAAGAAGAGCAAGUGGGGCCGCGCGCUCGUCGCCGAGAAUACCCGCAUGAGGAGGUUCAACACGGAGUCUCGGGGGCAGUACUCGCAGACGCGACGCAUGCGCACGGCGGCGGCGGUGUUCCGUGCCGUCAGCCUGGAGCUGCUGAAGAACCUGUCGGUGGGCGCGGGCAGCGGCGGCACACACUUCGUGCGCUGCCUGCGAGCCGACUUGACGGGCGCGCCGCGCGGCUUCCAGCCAGAGGUGGUGCGCCAGCAGCUGCGAGCGCUCUCCGUGGUGGACACCGCACGCGCGCGCCAGAGCGGCUACCCGCACAGGAUCACCUUCGCAGAGUUCAUCCGCAGAUACAAGUUUCUGGCAUUUGAUUUUGAUGAAAAUGUUGAAGUCACAAAGGACAACAGUCGCCUGCUGCUAGUGAGACUCAAAAUGGAAGGCUGGAAAAUUGGCAGAACCAAAGUUUUCCUAAAAUACUACAAUGAAGAAUACUUAGCCAGAACAUAUGAAAUACAAGUCAAGAAGAUAAUAAAAGUACAAACAAUGAUGAGAGCUUUCCUGGCUAAAAGGAAUGUGGCUGGCAAAUUAAAGAAAUUCCGACAAGACUCUGAAGACAAUCUUGAUUCUGGGAAAAAGAAACACAAGAAACAAAAGGGAAGUAAGAAGGAUGCCAAAAAGGGUGGAAAGGAUAAAACAGAAAGUGAUAAGGAAGCUGCAAUGUCGCAAGAGGAAGCAGCUGUUGUAAUACAGAAACAAUUCCGUGGAUACCAAGUUAGAAAACAGAUGGGGCAAAAGGAGAAGAGCAAACCAGAUAAAUUACAAGAGGAGACAGCACUUUUUAUAAGGCAGUACUGCAGAAAAUGGAAGGCCAAGUCAAUGUUCCAGGUACUUCUUCUAUAUCGAGCGGCAAAACAUCAAGACCUAGUGUAUUUCUCCCAACAGGUCCACCUGUACAAUCAAAAUGCAAUGAGUACAAUUGCCAACACAGCACUGUCUGUGCAACUGAAUCAUAUAGAUCCAGGAAGCAGAGCAACUAUUGAACUUGGCAAACCUCAGCCUACUGUAUGGAAACUGCCUUUCCGUCUGGCUGAUCUCAAUUUCUUUGAUACAUCAUUCAUGUGUGAUCCAGCUGCCCCAAUGAGAGAAGAUCUGUUUGAUGAUGACCAGGAAUCAUGGGAUGAACCCCUCCGAAGAGAUUUUCUGAUGUAUGGCAAAAAGCAUGUCAGAGAUGUGCAAGUACAGACCUGUUCAUCACCAUUCAAUGAACAACAUGACUAUGGCAAUGAAGCAAAUUCUUUGUCACAAACACCAUUUUGCCGAGACCCAGAUGAAUUGCUUAAACCAUCUGAAAUACUUCAGCAGAGAAGAUAUGGGCAACCAUUCAGGGGGGCAUCACCUGUGAAUAGUGAAGUUGGUGGAUACAAAUCAGGAAUAUCAAAAGUUAAUGAGAAACCAAACAGAGGCAUCAUGUUUGAUCAGCCCAGACCAUACCAAAAGACAAUCACAACUCCAAAGAGAUUUGCACCAAAGCCACCGUCUCCAACAUUCAGUCAGUCUUCUUAUAAUGAUAAUGAGGCACCUUCCUAUGAUGCUGAGAACAACAUUUUGUCAAGCCAAAGUUGGAACCAAACUUCAAGUUCUCCUACAAAUGAAAGAUUUGGCCACACAACUGGAGUACGUCGCAGUAACCCAAUUGCUGAAAUGGAAAUGAGAGGAAGACGGCAAAGUAAUGCUGAAGACACAGAUGAGCCACCAUUCAACUUUCAGGCAAUGUUGAGGAAGACAAAUUAUAAGCGAGCGUCUCUGAAGCGGGGUGGUGCGUCAUACGGCCACAGUCAAAUGUACAAUGAAGAAAAUGCUAAUUUUUCAUCACCAAGGAGAAACAAUGUUGUAUUUAAUAGUUCUCCACAUGAUCUAAAUAGAAACAGGUCUCCAAGUCCUACACCAAGUUUUGGUUCUGAAGCACCUGGCUUGCAAAGUCCAUAUCAAAGAAAAAAAUCACCUGAAACUAAUUUCUCUAACAGAAAUGAAACAUCCCCUGAUACAAUGACAGAACUAGCCCCAGGUAUUGUUAUCCAAGGGCAGGUAGCUGACCUAUAAACAAAAUUUUGAAAGAAAUAUCAGUUACUGCUACUUAGAGAAAAUAAAAUCCUGGAAUGGAAGAAAACACCCCACAACAGAAAUAAUAAACAAAGGCUGCAGAAUUAUGAUGGAGAUAAGUGGCAUAGUCUGUGUUCACUUUCAAAAUACUUCAUCAAAUUUUGUUGGUAUACAAAGACUGUAACACUCCCAUGAGCAAAACUGGUCUCCAUGUGUAUUUUUUUAAAAAUAAGCAGCAUCUUCAUUAUCAAGUAGCAUAACAGAUUUUCCACUUGUCUUUUGAUAUAGUGCAAUCUUCUCCCCUCUCAUGAGUUUUCUUUGAGUAGUACAAUGUUUCUUUCUGACAGAUCAUUAAAUCUUUAUUUUUAAAACAUUAAAUAAAAAUGUUUUACAUUUACCCCUGUAAUUAUAGCUUAGCUCUUACAAAUUACUGAUAUAUUAAUGAGAAAAUACUAUGUCAGGAAUUUCACAUUAAAAGAUCUGUACUAAAAAAAUAUGUUUCUUCUAUGUGAAAUAUCAGCGUAGCUAGUUUUUAUCAUUUUCGUGUGUGUGUAUGCAUGUAUGAAAGAAAAAGUUAGACAUUGAGCCUGAAGAGACUGUUUAUGUACAGUGCAAUACCAAGAAGCUCAUCACAAUGGAAAGUAACUGCUAACUUCUUUCAUUUGAAAAAUGUACUUGGAGCUGUAGGAAUGUAUUUGUACUUUUAUUUUUAUGAUUUUCUUAUAUAUGCGCCUCUACUUGUUUACAAUGUAAUAAUGAAAGAGUCAGUUACUACCAACACUAAAGCAAUGAAUUACACUAAAUUCUUCAGUAUAAAUUAAAGAGAAAAUAGAAAUGGAAUG